GAUAGAUUCCGAAAAGAUAAACAAAAGGGGCAAAUAUCAAAACAAAGAUUGAACGUCCACCACAUGUAACACUAUGGUGGUUGUCUCCUCUCUCCACUCUCCUUCUUCUUCCUCCUCCAUCUACUGUAACUCAAUCUCUCCCUCUCUUCGUUACUUUCGACGUUUCUAUACAUUUCCAUCCAGUAGGAAUAAUUCCAACUCCAAUGGCGGUGCGGUCUUGCUCGUCAAGGCUUAUAUGGAUGAGACCACAAAUCCAAUUUCUAGUUUCGCUAAUAAGGUCAUCGGUUCACUGCCUGUUUUUGGUCUCAUAGCCAGAAUUGUUAAUGAGGAAGGUGGUGUUGGAGGCGAUUUUAUUGAUUUUGCUGAGUUCAGGAGGCGAGUCGGUAACAAGUGCUCCAUUAACGAUUCAAGAGCUUUUUAUGAAUUUCGGGAUCGACGUGGCAAGACAGGGGAUCCUCUGUAUGUGCUACUGUGUUGUUGGUUAGCUGCAGUAGGAGCUGGUUUACUCAAAUCUGAGGAAAUUUUGGAAGGGGUAGCAAGGCUUAGUUUAGCAAAUGAUAUUGAAUUUGAAGAACAAAACUUCAUCGCAAUGAUGAAUGAAGCAAGGGAGAAGCGAUCAAAGUUGGGAGCUCCAGCACCUACAAUCCCCAUGGAAUUUCGUGCUGAGAAAGCUCUUGAAGCUAUACAUGUGUGUUGCUAUGGAAGGGAUCUGAUUGAAGAAGAAGAUGAAAAACUGCUAAGUACCAUGCUUAAUGCUGUCUUUCCUACAGUCGGGCGGCAAAAGGUAGAAAUCAUUGUCAAAGAGAAGGCAAAGAGAAUGGCAGAUGGAACUGAAGAAAUCAAAUAUGAGCCCAAGCAAUUAUCAAAAGAAGCAGUUCAGAUGCAAAUGAAAGACCUUGAAUUUCUUAAGCAAAACAGUUUGAAUCAGUGAGGCAUGAAAUUUAUUAUCAUUUUUAAAGUAAAUUUUAGGUACUGGUGACUAACACCAACAGGAAGAUUAUCCCACAAACAUUCGGUAUAGGAAAUCACAGCCACAUGUCAUGAAUGACAAAUCUUCUUCGCACAAUGUCGCCAACUAAUUAAAAAACACUGCAUGUGUACGCUGCCUGCUCUCUUUCUUUUGUGAUCAGUCUGCAUUUUCUACUUGCAAUUGAAAGAUAUAGUGGCUCUAAUUUGUAUUAA